AUGAAGCUCCUCUACCCAACCUCUCUCCACCUCGACACAAAGCUCCUCGAAGGCUUCUCCGUCACCCUGCACCCCUACGACGUCACCGUCCCAAUCCCGGAAUCUCUCAUCGACGCCGACUUCCUCGUAACAUGGGCCAACAAAGCCACCAACCUGCAAGACGCAGCCAAGCGCAUGAAAAACCUCCGCUGGAUCCAAUCCCUCGCGGCUGGACCCAAUGACGUCCUCGCCGCCGGCUUCGACGCCUCCCGCAUCGUAAUCACCACCGGCUCUGGCCUACACGACGAAACAGUCGCCGAACACACACUCGGCCUGCUACUCAAUUCUGCGCGCCGAUUCUAUGAAAUGCGCGACUACCAAAACAAGGGCGUCUGGCCCGCUCAUCUUGGUGGGCCGCAGGGAGAUCGCGAGCCGGGAACUUUCAAAACACUCAAGAGUGCCAACAUCACCAUCUGGGGAUUCGGCAACAUCGCCAAGAAACUCGCGCCUGUCCUCACGGCUCUCGGGUCGAAUGUUACGGGUGUUGCGCGCUCCGCUGGCGUGCGUGAUGGGUACCACGUUGUCAGCGAGGAUUCGUUGCCGGACAUUUUGCCUAAGACCGAUGCGCUUGUUAUGAUCUUGCCUGGGUCUGCGAGUACUAAUGGUGCUUUGAGUGCUGAGCGCUUGAAGUUGCUGCCCAAGCAUGCUUGGGUUGUGAAUGUUGGUCGUGGCACUUCUGUUGACGAGGACGCGCUUGUUAGUGCGCUUGAGGAGGGCCGCAUUGGUGGUGCUGCGUUGGAUGUUUUCUCUGUUGAGCCGCUGCCUAAGGAGUCCAAGCUUUAUGCUGCGCCUAAUUUGGUGCUUUCGCCUCAUGCGGCUGGUGGUCGGCCUCGUGAGGCCGAGGCUCUCAUUGGGUAUAACUUGAGACGCUUGCUUGCUGGGCAGGAACUGAAGAAUGUUAUUUAG